CUCCAGUACAUGCGUGGAGAACCUUCAGUGAACGUGGAUGGCGACAUGUCACUCCGGGGGACGAGUGGCGACAACAGCGGCCUUGUUCAGGAGCAAGAGGAGGAGGAAGGAGAGGAGGGGGAGGAGGAGGGGGAGGAGGAGGGGGAGGAGGAGGGGGAGGAGGAGGGGGAGGAGGGGGAGGAGGAGGGGGAGGAGGAGGGGGAGAAGGAGGGGGAGGAGGAGGAGGAGGAGGAGGAGGAGGAGGAGGAGGAGGAGGAGGAGGAGGAGGAGGAGGAGGAGGAGGAGGAGGAGGAGGAGGAGGAGGAGGAGGAGGAGGAGGAGGAAGAGGAGGAGGAGGAGUUGGAGCAACCAAUGGAGCAUGACCCAUACCCUGAGACGGUGGACUGCCGUGGAGCAACCGCAGAGGCAGACGAGCUGGUAGAGCCCGAGAGCACAGCGAAGCACACCUGGGGCAGUAUUUGAAGCAGAAUAAAAACAUUUCGUUUUG